CGGUCGGGCUACCCCAGCCCGCUGAGGGCUCGGCGCCGGGCUCCCCUCCUUUCCACCUCGCGAGGGAGGGAGGGAGGGAAGGAGGGGAGGGGAGGUCCCGCAGAGGGGGCAGAAUGGCCGGUCGUGGGGGGCUCGGGCCCUACGUUUCCCAGGAGCUUCCUCCACUCCUGCGGCUGCCGCGAGGGCUGGCCUGAGCAGGGGCUCCAGGCUCCCCCGCCGCGAGCCAGCGCGGGCCCCCGGGGCCGGGGCAGCGGCGCCGGCAUGUCGUCUGGCACCAUGAAGUUCAACGGCUACUUGAGGGUCCGCAUCGGCGAGGCCGUGGGGCUGCAGCCCACCCGUUGGUCCCUGCGCCACUCGCUCUUCAAGAAGGGCUACCAGCUGCUGGACCCAUACCUGACGGUGAGCGUGGACCAGGUGCGCGUGGGCCAGACCAGCACCAAGCAGAAGACCAACAAACCCACCUACAAUGAGGAGUUCUGCGCCAACGUCACCGACGGAGGCCACCUCGAGCUGGCCGUCUUCCACGAGACGCCCCUGGGCUACGACCACUUCGUGGCCAACUGCACCCUUCAAUUCCAGGAGCUGCUGCGCACGGCGGGCGCCUCGGACACCUUCGAGGGCUGGGUGGAUCUGGAGCCAGAAGGGAAAGUCUUUGUGGUGAUAACCUUGACAGGCAGCUUCACUGAAGCUACUCUCCAGAGAGACCGAAUCUUCAAACACUUUACCAGGAAGCGCCAGAGGGCUAUGCGAAGGCGAGUCCACCAGAUCAAUGGACACAAGUUUAUGGCCACCUACCUGAGACAACCCACCUACUGUUCUCACUGCAGGGAGUUUAUCUGGGGUGUAUUUGGGAAACAGGGUUAUCAAUGCCAAGUGUGCACCUGUGUUGUCCAUAAGCGCUGCCAUCAUCUAAUUGUUACAGCCUGCACUUGCCAAAACAAUAAUAACAAAGUGGAUUCAAAGAUUGCUGAACAGAGGUUUGGAAUCAACAUCCCGCACAAGUUCAACAUCCACAACUACAAAGUGCCGACAUUCUGUGAUCACUGCGGCUCCCUGCUCUGGGGGAUAAUGCGGCAAGGACUUCAGUGUAAAAUCUGUAAGAUGAAUGUACACAUUCGAUGUCAGGCAAACGUGGCCCCUAAUUGUGGGGUAAAUGCAGCGGAGCUAGCCAAGACUCUGGCAGGGAUGGGCCUCCAGCCUGGAAAUAUUUCUCCAACUUCGAAGCUUGUUUCCAGAUCAACGCUAAGACGACAGGCAAAGGACAGCACCAAAGAAGGCAACGGGGUCGGGGUUAAUUCUUCCAACCGACUUGGUAUCGACAACUUUGAGUUCAUCCGAGUGCUGGGGAAGGGGAGCUUCGGGAAGGUGAUGCUUGCGAGAAUAAAAGAAACAGGAGACCUCUAUGCCGUGAAGGUGCUAAAGAAGGAUGUGAUCCUGCAGGACGACGACGUGGAGUGCACGAUGACGGAGAAGAGGAUCCUGUCCUUGGCCCGCAAUCACCCCUUCCUCACACAGUUGUUCUGCUGCUUUCAGACCCCGGACCGACUGUUUUUCGUGAUGGAGUUUGUGAAUGGGGGCGACUUGAUGUUUCACAUUCAGAAGUCUCGUCGUUUUGAUGAAGCACGAGCUCGUUUCUAUGCUGCAGAAAUCAUUUCAGCGCUCAUGUUCCUACAUGAGAAAGGAAUCAUCUACAGAGAUCUGAAACUGGACAAUGUACUGUUGGAUCAUGAGGGUCACUGUAAACUGGCUGACUUUGGAAUGUGCAAGGAGGGGAUCUGUAACGGAGUCACCACAGCCACCUUCUGUGGCACGCCCGACUAUAUUGCCCCAGAGAUCCUCCAGGAAAUGCUCUAUGGCCCUGCCGUAGACUGGUGGGCAAUGGGUGUGUUGCUAUACGAGAUGCUGUGUGGUCACGCGCCCUUCGAAGCAGAGAAUGAAGAUGACCUCUUUGAGGCCAUACUGAAUGAUGAAGUGGUCUACCCCACCUGGCUCCAUGAAGAUGCCACAGGGAUCCUGAAAUCUUUCAUGACCAAGAAUCCCACCAUGCGCCUGGGCAGCCUGACUCAGGGUGGUGAACAUGCCAUCUUGAGACAUCCUUUCUUUAAGGAGAUCGACUGGGCCCAGCUAAACCACCGCCAAGUAGAACCACCUUUCCGACCCAGAAUCAAAUCUCGAGAAGAUGUCAGUAAUUUUGACCCCGACUUCAUAAAGGAAGAGCCAGUUUUAACUCCCAUUGAUGAGGGACAUCUUCCUAUGAUUAACCAGGAUGAGUUUAGAAACUUUUCCUUUGUGUCUCCAGAAUUGCAACCUUAGCCUCCUGGGGCAUGAGAGAGAUGGCAUGGGAAUCACAAGCGGAUAUGGAUUUUCCAGAAAUUUCCUUUGUGGGAAAGUCCCAGCAUCAGCCUUAGAACAAGAACCUUACCUUCAGGGAGCUGGAGGAGAGCCCUGUGGAGGACACAGCUUCAAGGGAUUAGCCAUUUCAAGUAAUCACGGGAGCUACAGUACCAGAAAUAGUUGAUACCAACAACAAGAUUUCAGGAAGAAAUAUACCACUCAACCUAUGAGUUUCUGUGGCUGUCUCAGGCUUGGGUAUUAACAGGAACCAAAAGGCGAGAACAUGUGAAGAAUAAACUAGAUCCUAGAAAUUCUGAGCCAAACAGGCUUUUACUCAACAGACAAAUCAAGACUCUGUGUGGACCACUCCGUGCUCUGCUUUAAGUCAAUGAGCCUCUAAUACUGGCAGUCUGCAAGAAGUCGCUAAAUGCUGAUGAAAAAUGUAAAGAUAAGGAAAUGGAUGGCUCUCCAAAGAGGAUGAUUUACUCUGAAGGAACAAAAAAAAUGACAUCCCUAAAACGCAUAACUUAGAGCCCAAUUUGAAAACAGAUGUCAGGGACCAAGGCAACUGUUCUGGCCUAUUUUCUUAUCCUUACUUUCAUGGCUGUUCAUUGAGUGCCCAGUGAAAUGGUGCCACAAUACCCAGUAAUGUAAACAACAGGUUUGCAUUCGCCAAGCUUUCACCCUCGAGCCCAUUAAUUUACCUGACUGAUGUGUUGUGCCCUGUGAAAUGCCUCUCCUGCUGCGUAUGUCAUACUACUGUAUCUGCACAUAACUCUCUUUUCACGGGAAGUGGCUCACUGCCACAGCACCAACUACCCACACAACCAGCAGGUAAGCUAGAAGUGCUGGCUGCCUGCCGGUUCAUGGAAUCUCAUCGUGGGGCGACGUGUUGAUAGCAUUUAAGACUCGGUGACUCAGUGAAGAAUCGUGCACCACUCAUGUCAAUAACCUGACUUACAGCUUAUAUAUUAGCAGUUUAUUUAUAUUUUAAGAGACAGAUGUUUAGUAUGCAUUUUAUGCAUUUUAAUAAUUAGAAAUUGCUCUUGUAAACAGGAUAUGUAUCAAAGAGAGACCUUAUACUAUGUACUUAUAUAUGCAGUUGAAGAAUUUUAUCUGCCAGGAAAUAAAUGUGUUUUGUAGCAAAAGGAAA